AUGACAAACCCGAGCGCAUGCCACUACGGCGUUUUGGCGCGCGUCUACGUCGAACAAGACGAAUGGACCGAGGAUGAGGAGUUCAGCAAGAGCUGCUUCAAGCGGAACAAGAAGGCCCCGUACAGAACCGACAAGGACCUGCUGCUUGCAUUGGGGGAGUCGCAUCUCUUCGCGCUUCGGAGGAGACAGCAACGCACCCGCGCCUGUGCUUGCAUGUCCCCUGCCGAGCUCACCCUGGAAUGCAGCAGUCAACAGCGACUGGCGAGUGAAUUCCAGUGUCCGCACGUGCAUUUGUACGACGACUACGAGCAGUGGGCAGCGAUCGAGUACUCCGAUAUCAUGCAGGUGCAGCUCACGUUCAGAACAGUGAGUACAUCGGGACAAAACAAUGGCCUGGCAGCUCGGACGAAGGAUUUGGUGGUGGUCAUGAAGGACGGGAGCAAACUGUGGAUCGAGUUCGAGCAUAAUUUGGGUCGGGGCGCGUUCUUGGACGCAUUGAUGGCGGCAUCAGCUCCUCAUAUCACGCUUGACCUGGAUUAUACUGACUUGGCAAAGCCCGACAACCAGAGCGAGAAGCCCAGCGAUCGAGCGGCGUCUCGCUUGGCCGUGAUGCUUGCUCUCGAGAUCGACGCCGAGGAUCUCGACGUUGCGUUGUACGGCGAGACGGAGCAUGAAGCAGCGGUCACUGGGGGACUGUCAACGGCGUACACCAACUCCGGCCAGCCAUUUUUGAGUUUUGAGUUCCGACGGGAAGCUCUUCGCAAAGCGAUCGAGACUCGAGUUCAAUUGGCCUUGCAGUUGUCCAGCGAGGUUGAAUUGGACAACCCGUACUGCCACUUCUUGCUGGGCACAGCUAUGGAGUUGUCACGUGUGCUGGAUGAACCGGAUUUGUACGCGCUCACGUGGUUAGCCAGCGGAUUUAUCAACCUGCAGCGUGCGCUGAUGGCCACCCCGGUCGGAUCGACGAAGCUGGCGCUGUCACAAUUGGAGCAUGCCAUCAAAAUCUCGCGUGAGCAUUCGCUGCGUCUUCAGUUGGCGUUGUCUCUAGCGUGCUGCGGAGACUUGCUUCGCCUUAGCACGCAACGAAUAACCACUGCGAGGUCGUUGCUGGUGGAAGCCGCGCGGCUGAUGCCGACUAACGCUCUGGACGUGGUUGGGAAAAUGAAGCUUCACAAUAACAUCCACCAGCUCGGUCUUGCUCUGUCGCCUCGGAAAGCAAGCGACACUCAAGACAAGAACAUUGUGGACCUGUGGAAGGCGCUUUCAGCAGCAUUGACGCCGACAUCCCACCAAAUUGAUCGGUAUCCGCUGUUGCGCCCCGUGAUCAAAAGCAGUAUCGAGCGGUCUCGGUACUGCUUCGUUGAGCUGCAUGCAGUCACAGCGGACAAGUCAGUUACGCCAAACCUUCUUCGGCUACGCGUCUACUUCACUGAGAACUCGACUUUCGAGUGGCUAAGAGAGGAAAUUGCUCAGCGCUGCAAUGCUGUCCCGUUCCACGAACUUGAAGAAGAAGAAGAAGAAGAAGAAGAAGAAGAAGAGGAACUAUCGACAGUAGCUGAAGUGGUGGGGUUUUACGACUCGACCAAGAAGAACCAGCCUAUGAUCCCGUGGAGUGCACGAUUGGUGGACGUCGUUCGCGUCGACUGGCACAUCUUACAAGCGGUGGUGCACCACACCGUUCGCCCAGUAACGGAAUCUCCUAACACGUCGCCCAAAGUCAGUCUUCGAAGCUCUCGACCGACAGUUGUGAUGGUGCGAUGCUCGAAAUGCCGCCAGCAGAUGCAGCUGAAGGACGUGGAGGCGCACUCAGAGUCGUGCAGCUAA